UUCUGAUCUACAGCGAUUUAGUAGUUUUCAGUGUAUUAGGUGAUCCCUUCCAAUUUUGCGCAGCAAAAUUUCUACCGCUUUUUGUUGCUGCGGUAUCAUUGGAGAUGAUCUAAUUCUUCUUCUCAAUUCCGUCCGACGCCGCCUCACUCGCCGACCGCCUCCUAUCGCUUCUCGCCGCCGUCGCCGAAAUAUUGCUUCGGCAGACAUUGGGUUUUGUGACACGGGGGUACAAAGAACUAUACACAUUGGACUAACAUGGUAUACCACUCCAGUUUCGUUGACGUUGAAGACAUUUCUAAAGCAUGCGGUUGCCCUCUACUUCCCCUAAAAAGCCACAUUAAAGGACCAGCUCCAGUCUCAGAGCAAGAUAGCACUGAUAUUGUGGAUGAGGCGAUUACAUUCUUUCGUGCCAAUGUCUUUUUCAGAAACUUUGACAUUAAGAGUCCAGCUGAUAAGCUUCUUAUCUACUUAACAUUCUACAUAAAUCUUGCUCUGAAGAGGCUAGAAGGCUGCCGGACAUUGGCUGAAGGAACUAAAGCAAUUAUCAAUCUUGGACUGGAAAAGGUCCCUGUGCCCGGGGAGCAUGGAUUCCCAUUUCCAGGACUAUUUUCACAGCCACAGUCUGAAGAAGAAGCAGAGCUCUUCAGAAAUUACUUGAAGCAGAUACGCGAAGAAACAAGUGGAAGAUUAUUGAGUGUGGCGUAUCGAUCCAAUGGAACUCCAAACAAAUGGUGGUUGGCAUUUUCCAAAAGGAAGUUCAUGAAUGUCAUCACACCAUGAACAGAGGCAACUACAGCACAGCAGACUCAACUAGUAACAAUCCAUGUGUUUCUAGGUGGAGUUACAUGGCCUGUUUUCCAUGUGAUCAUGUGUUGGUUUCUUUAAUGAAUUAUUUUGUUAGAUAGUAAAAAAUGUAGCUUUAGCCAUACACAAAUAAAGGAGAGCCAUGUAGAAACCUGUUGAGAUAUAUUGCAGACUUUCUUAAAGUUCAUUGUAAUUGAUUACCAACAUAAUUAAUCUUCUCUCCUUGGUCUUCUU